AACGAAGACCGGACCACCCUUUACCUUUUUCUUCCCUUCUUCCUUCGUUAACAAAACCUUUCUUGCCAUUCGGUUUCUUCCCUUGGAGCCAUUGGAGCGUGCUCCACACUUCCAGUUAGCUCUCUCGCAGCCAAUUUCUCUCUAAAACGCAAGUAGAUUCGUUGAAUCCUACAUUAAUUGAUCAAAGUUCUCAUAUAUCUUCUUGAAAUUUAAAAUUAUCGGAACUGCUCCGUGAUAUCGUCCAGAAACUCUAUUUGCUCAGAUGGCCAAUAAUUCUCAAUAUCCUGGCAUACAGGCUCCUCGACCUACUGUUGCUGCAAUGGGCCCACCUCAAAACUCAUAUCCAUCAGUCCCAAUGCAAUUUCGGCCAACAGGUCCACCAAGGGCCCCACCCCAAUACAUGCCAUUGGUGUCCCAACAGUUUCUUCCUGUAGGGAGGCCAAUGCAACAUCUACCGCCACAUGGCAUGGUGCCACCUCCCCCACCAACACCUGCCGCCCAAGCUUUUUCAGUCCCUGAUGGCUCAAGGGUUGCCUUUUCUAUAACAUACAAUACAUCAGCAACUUCACAAGUGCAUAUAAGUGCAGAAGCAACUAGCCAAUAUCAGCCAACAUCAUCCUUAAACAACAUUCUACCUACUUUUCCUCUGUUGCAGCCUGUUGAAAAAACACCAGAUGCACCUUCUGUUUCAGUAACAAGUGAUCUACUGAAAGCUGUUGAAAAGGCUCCAUCAGAUUGGAUUGAACAUACUUCUCGCAAUGGAAAAAGAUAUUAUCACAAUAAAAAGACAAAGCUGUCUAGCUGGGAGAAGCCUCUUGAUUUAAUGAGCCCAAUUGAGAGGGCUGAUGCAUCUACAGAUUGGAAGGAAUGCAUUGCUCCUGAUGGAAGAAAAUAUUACUACAACAAGGUUACAAAGCAAUCAAAGUGGAAAUUACCAGAUGAACUCAAGUUAGCUCGUGAACAAGUGAAAACUGAAAGUAAAACCAAAGAUCAUGAGUUAACAAAAACAAAAGAUGUUGAUAAAGAACAUGAAAUUGAACCCUUGGUUCCUAGUGUAAAAAAUAGCCCAUCUUCUCAUCCUCAUGAACCAGUGUCAAGCCCAGUUUUAGUUCAAUCAGGAACUUUGCUGACUGCUGAGCUGGCAACGGGACCCACAGAGUCUUCUAAAGAAGUGAAGGCUUCUGAAGAAACAUUUCCCAAUCAUGUUGCCACAUCAUUGUAUAAUAACACUGAGGAUGUUUCAGUGAAAGAUGCUGAAAAUGGAACUCCUAUUGGUAACUUAGAGGAACCUGAAAAGAGCAAUGUAACUAACUUAGAAGAAAAAACAGUUGAUCAGGAAACUCAAGUUUAUGAAACCAAACAGGAAGGAAAGAAUGCAUUCAAGGCUCUUUUGGAAAAUGCAAAUGUAGCUUCUGAUUGGACAUGGGAUCAGGCAAUGAGAGUAAUUAUAAAUGACAGAAGAUAUAGUGCUCUUAGAUCACUUUCAGAACGAAAGCAGGCUUUCAAUGAGUUUAUUGGACAAAAGAAAAAACAUGAAGCAGAAGAGAGGAGGAAUAAACAGAAAAAAGCACGUGAGGAGUUUAAAAAAAUGCUAGAAGAAUCUAAAGAGAUUACUUAUACCACUAAAUGGAGCAAAGCAAUUGCAAUCUUUGAGGAUGAUGAUCGUUUCAAAGCUGUUGAAAGAUUUAAAGAGCGUGAAGAGUUAUUUGAGGAUCAUAUAAUGGAACUUGAGAAAAAGGAAAAGUCUAAGGCUUUAGAGGAGCACAAGAAAAACAAAAAGGAAUACAUUGAAUUUUUGAAAUCUUGCAACUUUCUCACGGCAAGUAGUCAAUGGAGAAAAGUGCAAGAUCGUUUAGAAGCUGAUGAAAGUUGUUUGCGCCUUGAAAAAGUCGAUCGCCUAGAAAUUUUUCAAGAAUAUAUACAUGAUCUAGAGAAGGAUGAGGAAGAGCAAAGGAAACUACGAAUGGAAGAAAUAAGAAAAACAGAGCGAAAAAAUCGUGAUGAAUUUCGCAAGCUGAUGGAAGGGCAUGUUGCUUCUGGAAUGCUUACUUCAAAAUCUCACUGGCGUGAAUAUUGCAAUAAAGUAAAAGAAUUACCUGCAUAUUUAGCAGUGUCAUCAAACAGUUCAGGUGCCACCCCAAAAGAUCUUUUUGAAGAUGUAUUAGAGGAGCUAGAGAAACAGUACAUUGAGGAUAGGGAUCGAAUAAAAGAAGCAGUGAAAAUGAGAAAGGUGUCCAUGUCCUCUUCAUGGACUCUUGAAGAAUUCAAGAAUGCAAUUGCUCAAGACAUUACUUCUUCACCUACAGUUUCAGCUGUUAAUUUAAAGAUUGUAUUUGAUGAGUUACAAGAGAGAGUUCGUGAGAGGGAAGAGAAAGAAGCAAAAAAGCGUAAACGUCUUGGAGAUGACUUUUAUUUAUCUUUGAGUAAUUCCAAGGAAAUUACUUCAUCUUCAAGAUGGGAGGAUUUUAAGCCACACUUUGAAGCCAGACAAGAAAACUGGUUUACAGUAGAAGAAAGUUUUUUUAAGGAGAUAUUUGACAAACACGUAACAGAAUUAAAGAAAGCAAGAGACGAGAGGAAGCACAGGGAGGAUAAGGCGAAAAAGAGUCUGGAUAGGAGAACGGAGAAAUCAAGAAGGGAGAAAGAUAGAAGUAGUAAAAAAGAUAAACGUAGAAAAGAUGAUUCAGACAGUGAUAAUGGGGAAAGACCUGGAGACUCAUUCAGUCAUGAUGAUAAUAAUAAUAAUAAUAAUAGUAAUAAUAGAAGGUCUGUAAGAGAAAAUAAUAAUAAUAAUAAUAAUAAAGAAAAGAAGCAUAGAAAACGCGACAGGAGUUUAGAACACGAGGAUGAUAAAGAUCGGUCUAGGGAUUCUUACAGACAUAGUCUUGAACGCAAAAGGGUAAAACAGUUGGAGCAACAAUCAUCAGUGGAGUAUGAGAGCAGACAUAAGAGAUACAAGAGAGAUCACAAUAGACGUGGUGAGUAUGAUGAUCAAAAAGAAGCUGAAGAUGGUGAAGUUUGGUAGUUAGUUAAUUAACUGAUUUUUCUUCUGUAGAUAUAAUUUUAGUUUCAAUAUAAGC